CUUCAUUGUCCACGAUGAUCGGACAAGCCCUGUCUGCGAUUGACGAGCGGGUAGAUUCUCUUGCUUGUCGAGCCAGUCGUUGGAUUGUUAGGCACUCUAUGAAAAGGCUGCAGCUUCUGCGCAAGACGCAUCGCUCCUGUCGCCUUGAAUCCUGCCAAGACUAGCUUCUGUCACGUGUCCUCUGCCCGCAACCACUAACCUUAUACACAGUCGGCCUGAGCCAGGACACCCUGAGCAUCACAGCUGGAUCUCGCACUUCUCGUUAGCAUCGAUAGCCACAGGUCUCCAGCCUUUGUUGAGCGACCGGCACGUGGCGAAGUGCGGACCGCAUCCCUGCCGAACCCUGGAACAGCCGCGCUCAAUAAUAAGCUGCCACUUCAACACCACCGCCAUCCACACCAGCGCCGAAUCACCCCGUCGUCGCGAUGGACUUCGCAAGUCUGAAAGACCAAGUGAGCAAUCUCACGCUCUACGACCUCAAAGCCGGCGUGCGCAAGGUUCAGAAUGCGGUGAUGAACUUCACUGAGAUGGAGGCGAAAGUGCGCGAGGCGACGAACAACGAACCAUGGGGCGCUUCCUCAACGCUGAUGCAGGAGAUCGCAAAUGCCACGUUCAAUUAUCAAUUGCUCAACGAGAUUAUGCCCAUGAUAUACAAGCGAUUCACCGAAAAGGCAGCUGAGGAGUGGAGGCAGAUAUACAAGGCUCUACAACUUCUCGAGUUUCUUAUCAAGAACGGCUCCGAGCGAGUGAUCGAUGAUGCGCGCUCCCACGUUUCCCUCCUGAAGAUGCUCCGGCAAUUCCACUUCAUCGAUCAGAACGGCAAGGACCAGGGCAUCAACGUGCGAAACCGAGCCAAGGAGCUGGCCGAGCUUUUGAGUGAUGUCGACCGUAUUCGCUCAGAGCGCAAGAAGGCACGCGCGAAUAGAAACAAGUUUGGCGGUGUCGAGGGCGGCAUGGGCAUGGGCGGCUUCUCCAGCGGCGGUGGCAGCGGCAGCAGAUACGGAGGCUUCGGGAGCGAGAGUGCCAACGCCGACUAUGGAGGCUACAGCGGGGGUGUCUAUGGCGACGGCGGCGGUUUCGGAGGAAACGAGUCUGGCUUCCAAGAUACACAGCAACGUCGAGAUAAGUUCGAAGAGUACGACGAGGGAGACGAAGCCGAGUCAUCUGCGCCUCCUCCACGGCGGUCACAGCCAUCGGCGACUCAGGUGCGGAAGGAAACAAAGAAAGAAGAACCGAAGCCAAAGGCACCAGAACCUGUGGUGGAUCUGCUGGCAUGGGACGACGAGCCAGCGCCUGCUUCGUCUUCAGCCGGCAAACAGCCCGUUGCUGCUAACGAUGACUUUGGAGACGAUGACGACUUCGAUGACUUCCAGUCAGCCGCACCCUCAGCGCCAGCAGCUAAAUCCACUGCAGCCUCUUUCAUUGCCCCCCCUGCUUCUACGUCGACCAUUGGCGCUUCCACGCAAUUCGCGGCUCCUCAACCCCAGUCAGCCGCGCAGAACAACAACUUGAACGACCUCUUCGCUACGGUUUCCCCACCGCCCGCGAGCAAUAACUUCGCCUCGCCCGCUGUUGCUACACCUGCGUCGGCUACGUCGAGCAUGAACCAGCCAUACCGUCCUGCUGGUUACCAGGCCACAGGGCCGAACUACUUUACGUCUGUGCCCAAACCAUCGAUUGCCUCCACGCCUUCCGUUGCAUCUCCUGGAAUUGGCGGGAAGAUUGGCUCUGGGGCCCCUAAGCAAGCUGGAGGCGACGCGUUUGCGUCUUUGCUGGGCGGAGCUGGGCCCAAGAAGGCGGCUACGCCCACGCAGAGGGUCACGAUGGCGGACAUGGCCAAGCAAAAGACAAGCCAAGGGCUGUGGGGAGCCCCUGCUUCUGGGCAGAGCACUCCUACUUCGCAACCUCAGGGUGGAGCUAAGCCUGGUGGUGCUUUGGGCGAUCUACUUGGAUAGUGGGAGCGUUGGCGACCCAUGUGAUGGCUAUGUGUUUGUGAUGUACUUUGCGCAUGGAGUCCAGGAUAAAAGAAGGCUAUCCUUGAUGGUAACAGCUGCUCUUGAUAAGUGAAUUGGUCGGUAUGAAUUUGAGAGGGCCAUUCUUCAGCGUCCUUGAAUUAUCUAGUUCUUCGGG